GACAACGACAACGACAACCUCGUCGACUACAGUCAUAUCAGAAGCUUCGACGGAAUCAUCGAUGAAUCUUGUUCCUGGCGUUCCCACACAGCUAUCAGCCGCACGACUCGACUGUCCAUGUUGGUGACCGCACCCACGUCGUCUGUGCAACCUGUCACCACCCCUGCUCUGUGCCAAAAUCCAUCCCCAGGUCCGUUUUUGACAUCUGCUGUAUGACCGUUAGCUCCUCUCUAUAAGUUUAUUGCCAUCUCGACUUAAAAAGCGGCGAGCACCCGCACCUUUUCCUUCCACGUGGAACACUAGGCACCUCCUACAUGACCGGUAGCUGCCAUGGUCUAUAUCAGCCGACCGUAACAGGACCACUCCGCCAACAUGGGGUCCAAGACUGACGAGAUGCCCUAUUCGUCAGCUUCCCUUCCAUCUGUCAUACUGCCAAACCACGCUGCACGACAUGAGAAACGUUCUUUGAUUGAGGAGGCAUGUCAACGGGCUGACUUGGCAGCUCUGGCCAAGCUAGCAACCUCAACUGGAGGUCUCCUGACCGACGACUUGCGUCGGAGAGCUUGGCCGAUUUUAUUGGGCUACGAGCACGAGAAACAAGGUGGCAAAGCUCCAACUGCAAGUACCGCGUGGAAAGCUUUACCCCGACAUUCCGACGAAGACCAGGUCCGGCUUGAUGUUGACCGUGCAUUUGUCUACUACCCCAGAGAUGAAUCCGAGGAGUCUCUUGAGCGCAAGAGGACCGACCUGUAUGACUUGAUCGUUUCGACCCUCAGACAACACAGAAUCCUAUCCUAUUUCCAGAGCUACCACGAUGUGGUACAGGUUCUACUUCUGGUUCUUGGUAAAGACAGUGCCUCUCGAGCGGUACCACGGAUAUCUCUUCUCCGCCUCCGUGACUACAUGUUGCCAACCAUAGCUCCUGCGAGGAAACACUUUGAGCUUGUGUCAGCUGUGGUCCGUACCGCCGAUCCUGAAUUGGCCCAUCAUCUUUCUGAAGCCGAGAACAGCUCAGCCCUCUCAGCGACGCAUUCCUUGUUCGCCCACGAUGUCCAGGACUAUGGUGACAUUGCUCGACUGUACGACUUCCUGUUGGCUCAUGAACCAAUUAUGAGCAUUUACCUUUUUGCCACCAUCACAAUAUCACGUCGGUCUGAAUUGCUGGAACUGGAGUCUGAUCAAUCCGAUAUGCUGACCUACAUGGUCGCCAAGCUACCACAAAAUCUUGACAUUGAUGGACUUUCAGCUUCAACGAUACAGCUGUUUAAGGAUCACCCUCCGGAAAAAUUACCUGGGUUCUUCUGGUGGCGCCUGUCUUCUUGCAGCGUUCUGAAGACAUCACGAGAUUUGAGUCGCCCCCAGACGCUAGAGGAGGCUGAAGCACUGGGGAGAAAACAGAUUCAACAGCUGAGACGGGAUGAAUCCCUACAGAAAGCCAAGAAACAACUGCAACAGCAUCGCAGGCCCCUUGGCUUUGCAGCUGCAAUUCUAAUGGGUGCCCUCUCCAUCUAUAUGCGGAAGAGCGGCUACGACCUACCAGUUUGGUCCUUCAUUAUGUCAACAAUUCGGUUGGUAUCUGGGAGAGGAUGAUAUUUCUGGGCCACCGUACAGGAUAGACGCGGUGGACUUGCACCAGUCUGUGAUGAACUGAUGAUUUUGUACUCGAUAGCAUUUUAAAUUUGGUCCAGUCCAGCUGGCAUAGAACUCGUGGAGGGACGGGAACAGACAACCCAUGGGGAAUGCAAUUGCCUCCUGAAUAAACUCUUGUAAUGACCAACUAAUUAUG